UAGUGUCUGAAGUAAAAUAAACAUGUAGUAUGAACAGUUGUUUAUAGUCAGAAUUACCUCACAUUGUGGAGAAAAGUUAAAGAAUGACAAAGAAAGGUAAAAGAUCACAUAUUGAUUUAAGGCAGUCUCAACUGAUAAGUCAAAAAGAAUGAAAAACUUUCUGUUCAUUCAUUUUCAAGUGGAUCCAGUCUUCGUCUAAAAAGGAGACAAAGAUGUAACAGUAUCUGAUUGUGCGAUUACAUAAUGCGACAAUUUCUAUGUCACGCGUUGUUUACAUGACGUGAAUCGUCACGUGCAGUAUUUUUCUCGCCAUUUGUUUUAUGUAUUACUGUGGUCUAAAAUAAAUGGUUGAGUUAAAACAACACAACACUUUACAAAAGACAUUUUCUCGAGUUUGUCGCAAGAUUAAGUUCACUUACGGAUUGUCCAUUCAUCAACUCACUCUUUCCAAAGCUUUACUUUAUCGCCUCUUUUUUGACGGUUGUGAUCAACACUCAUUUCCAUGCUAUCAUCAAAAAUAUUCACCACAACGGAUAACCUGAUCUGUGGAUUCAGUUAGUAAACAGGAAAACUGUUGUGGAAAAUGGGACAGGAUAGAGCAGCAAAGUAAAAGAAAAGAGAAAGUUUAGAACGAGUCAAAUGUGUAGUCACUUCCAUACGCUCAGUCAAAGUCAGAGGAAGACAUCUGAACCAAAAACGGAGAGUAGGUUCAGUGACACCGAAGGAUGAAAUAAUGGAUAUAUUACUGCCUCUGAUGAGCUUGGUUUUUGCAUUCGUGGCUGGCUCAACUUCUGGAAAGUCAACAAAACAUCGACACUCGCCCAUCAAGAAGUUUCUUUCCGGUAAAAGAUCAGAUCUCCCAUGGUGGAACAUUCCUAACACAAGAGACCUGAAAAAAGCUCGAGCUGGUCGUCGCUCUCAAGGACCUUCGUAUCCAUUUUCAAACCAAUAUGCUGCAUAUGCCCCAUCAUUUGCCCCCUCCCCACCUUCCAUAUAUCCCUCGGCAUAUCCUUCCCCGCCUUCCUUCUCUUACCCCCCACUGUCCUCAUAUCCUGCUCCUCCGCCGUACUACUACCCUCCUCCAUCAUAUCCGUCCCCUGCAUCCUACCCAUCACCAUACCCUUCUUCGUUACCAGGAAGCUCCUUACCAACCAACGCUCAGGCACAACAGUUGUCGUAUUCCACAUCUCAAUCGAACGUGUAUGCCAAUGAUCAAUAUCAGCAACAGCAGAUUUCGUUUCCCUCCCAAGUGAACCCAGGUAAAGCUGCCUCUAUGGGAAACUCAGCCGCUUACUUGAUGAUCUCGGGAUCAAAAGAAAAACCAAGUAAUGACGCUAAAAAGCCCAAAGCCAAACCAACUCCUCCUGAUAGAACAGAAAAGUUUGAAAUCAAAGGACGAUUUUUUAAGAGCAUCGGUUGUUGGGCAGAUUCUACUAAAAUUCGUGCAAUGGACAGUUUAGAAGGAAGGAGUUCCCGGCUCAAACAACCUUACAAGACAAGAGUGAAUGCCCUGAUGAAAUGUGCGGAGGUAGCAGAUGAACAAGACUUAAAGAUAUUUGGUCUUCAAAAUGGUGGGCAGUGUUUUGGAGGAAAAAAUGCAGAGAACACAUACAGAAAGUAUGGACAGAGCACAGAAUGCGCAGGUGAUGGCGAAGGAGGUCCAUGGAGCAACGAAGUGUAUAGUUUCUUAGAUGAAGACGACCAACCAUUGGUAAAACCACCAAAGAUAAUGGACAACAACAAUGGAUCUACUAAUGGCACAAGUACAGCCUGUCGUAACCCCUGUGUAAAUAAUGCAAAUACAGUAUGUCCCAACCGCUGUGCAAAUAAUUCUUCAUCGUCAUCUACAAAUACUACAUGCAGCAUGCCGCCACCUGGCAGUGCUAGUGCUGGCCAAAUCUGUGGCUGGGGAUGUCCAAUUCCAAUUCCAGGUUGCAAUGUCACUGGAACUAAUAGCACGCUGAAUGGGACUGGAGCGCCAGCAAAAGUGAACCAGACCGCACCAGCUGGGUGUGGUACGGUAGGUGCUAUUCCCUGCAAACCUUCCCCGGUUGUAGGGUGUGCCAGCAUGGGAGGAGGAGGAAAUCCCUGUCCACCUCAAGGUAUGCCCAUGGGAAACCCUACUUGUGGAGGGGGAGUUCCCAUGGGAGGAGCUCCGUGUGGAAGUCAUGGCAUAACCAUUGACAGUGGGUGUAUACAGAUUGGAGGGGCACCCUGCCCGGCACCAGCACAAGGAAUGGCUCCUGGAGGCUGUAUUGACAUGGGAGCUGGGUGUGUGAUUGAAGGGAAGCUUACUGAAGGAUAUCCUAACAUUACUAACGCGACUGCUGGUGGGAACCCUUGUCACCCUUACGGGAAUACUACAGGAGGGUGCGGCAGUGUUAUCCCUAGUGGGGUUGGACCUAGCGGACCCAACGGCACAAUACCGUCGAAUGGUACCACACUUGGACAAAUUAGUGGCAAGCCUCCCCCUAGUGCUCCAAAAUGUAAAGCCAAGGCUGACCUCGGAUUUAUUAUCGAUGGAUCAGGGAGUAUAGAAAAAAAUGGACCAGGGACGUUUAAAAAAGUCUUGAGCUUUGUCAAAGAUCUUACCCGAAGUUUUGAUGUCUCCAAGGAAGGAACACAUGUUGGUGUCAUUGUAUACAGCGAUGAACCAAAGGUUGUGUCGGGAUUCGACCAGCAUUACAACCAAUCUGAGGUGAUUGCAGCAAUUGAAGGGAUCCAGUAUCCAAACGGAGGGACAAAUACUGGAAAAGCUCUCUUGAAAGCCAAAGAGGCUUUAUUUGCUGCUAGUGCACGGUCCGGGGUCCCCAACAUAGCUUGUGUGUUAACAGACGGGAAGUCAAAAGAUAACAUUGGAGCUCCCGCUCAGAAGCUGAGAGAGUCAGGUGUCACUGUUAUUAGUAUAGGAAUGGGUACAGACUAUGAUCUUGAACAGCUACGAGAGAUAGCUACCGACCCAGACUCACAGCACAUGUUUAAAGCAGAAUUUAACUCGCUGUGGUCCCUGGUAGACUCUAUCGUAGACACUGGGUGUAAGGCUGCUGGUGGAACAAUUCAAUUACCACCACCCCAAAGCAUUAUCAAGGGCAGUCCGCCUCCUGCUGUGGAAACAAAGUGCCAGGCUAAAGUAGACAUAGCGUUCCUGUUGGACGGCUCUGGAAGUAUUGAUUUCCAACAACCUGGGAAUUUUAAAAAGUGCCUGGGAUUCCUCAAAAACUUCGUUCUAUCCUUCAACAUUGCCAAAGAUGGCACUCAUGUAGGAGUGGUACUUUUUUCGAAAACAGCUGAGGUCAUGUUCAAUUUCGAGAAAUAUCUUGAUUCAAAGUCAAUGGUGGAGGCAAUCGACAAGAUUCCAUAUCCGGCCAAAAGUACUUACACUGGAAUAGGCCUCGAUCUGGUGCGCACGGGACUGUUUGAAAACAGUGCCAGGCAAGGAGUCAGGGACAUCCUUAUUGUUAUGACUGAUGGAGCAUCUCAGGACUCUAUCGAGGAUCCCUCAAAGAAGCUCCGUGACAUGGGAGUGACGAUCUUUUGUUUUGGAGUUGGUACACAAUACAAGAAGGACCAGUUGGAUGAAAUGGCAACCGACCCAGACUCUAAACAUGUUUUAACAGGCGGUUUUGAUGAUCUUGAUCAGAUACUCCCGAAAAUUAAAAAGAUGGCGUGUGAUGGGGCAGGAGGAUCCUUAUCACAAAUUCCUUCGAAAGGGGUUCAGACAAAGCUAAACCUUGGAUUCAUCAUCGAAUGUUCUUCAAGCAUAGAAAGGAACGGACAAGGAACGUUUGCAAAGGUCUUGAAAUUUGUCAAAGAUCUUGCCGGAAGCUUUGAUAUCUCCAAAGAAGGAACUCACAUCGGCGUCACUGCUUAUAGCGAUGAAGCAAAGAUUGUGUUGGGACUCGACCAGUAUUACUCCCAAUCAGAAGUGAUCGCAGCAAUCGAUAGAAUCCAGUAUCUAGGUGGAGGAACAAUGACUGGAAAAGCCCUCCUGUUAGCUAAAGACGCUCUCUUCGCUGCAAGUGCAAGGUCUGGUGUUCCCAACAUUGCUUGUGUCUUAACUGCCAGCAGGUCAACAGAUGACGUUGGUUCUUCUGCCCAGAUGCUUAAGGGCUCAGGAGUCACUUGUAUUAGUAUAGGAAUGGGUACAGAUUACGACCUUGGACAACUUCAGGCGAUAGCUACCGACCCAGAUUCACAGUUCAUGUUUAAAGCAGGCUUCAAUGCGCUGGGGUCUUUAGUAAGUCCCGUCGUGGCCAGUUGUCGUAAGGCAUCAUCAGGCGCUGUGACGGGUCCUCUACAACCUCCAGCUUCAGGAACAAAGUGCCAAGCUAAAGUCGAUAUAGCUUUCCUGUUGGACGGCUCUGGAAGUAUUGGGAAGGAAAAUUUCAAGAAGUGCCUGAGAUUCCUCAGAAACUUCGUUCAAUCCUUCAACAUCGCAAAAGAUGGUACGCAUGUAGGAGUGGUACUUUUUUCGAAAACAGCUGAAGUCGUGUUCAGUUUCGAGAAAUAUCUUGAUUCUAAGUCAAUGGUGGAGGCAAUCGACAAGAUUACAUAUCCGGCCAAAAGCACUUACACUGGAAUAGGCCUCGAUCUGGUGCGCACUGGACUGUUUGAAAACAGUGCGAGGCAAGGAGUCCGAGAUGUCCUUAUUGUUAUGACUGAUGGAGCAUCCCAGGACUAUAUCGAGGAUCCCUCAAAGAAGCUCCGUGACAUGGGAGUGACAAUCUUUUGUUUUGGAAUUGGUACACAAUACAAGAAGGACCAACUGGACGCGAUGGCAACCGACCCAGAUGCUACACAUGUUAUAACAGGCGAUUUUGAUGAUCUAGAUCAGAUUCUCCCGAAAAUAAAAAAGAUGGCAUGUGAUGGGGCUGGAGGAUCGUUAGCACAAACUCCAUCGAUAGGCGGCAGGAUCAUUGGUGGAUCGAGCACGGGAGGAGCCGGUGUCAUUACAGGUGGAGGAAGCAGCUCUACUGGAGGGGGCAGCUCUACUGGAGGAAGUGUAGGUGUGACUGGAGGGUCCAGCACAGGAGGAUCAGGUGUGAUUACAGGAGGAGGAAGCAGCUCGUCUGGAGGAGACUGUAAAGCAAAGGCCGACCUUGGUUUCAUUAUCGAUGGAUCAGGAAGCAUAGAAAGUAACGGACAAGGAACUUUUACAAAGAUCUUGAGUUUUGUCCAAGAUCUUACCAGACGUUUCGCUGUCUCUAGUGAAGGAACUCAUAUUGGUCUCGUUGUUUUUGACGAUGACGCAAAGGUUGUGUCGGGGUUCGACCAGCAUUACACCCAAUCAGAGGUGAUUGCAGUAAUCGGUGGAAUUCAGUAUCCAGGAGGUGGAACGAAGAUUGGUAAAGCUCUCUUAAAAGCUAAGGAAGCUCUCUUUGAUGCCAGUGCACGGUCCGGUGUACCCAACAUUGCUUGUGUUUUAGCUGGCAGUAAGUCAACUGAUGGAAUUUCUGCUCCUGCUCAGAAGCUCAGAGAUUCAGGAGUCACUGUCAUCAGCAUAGGAAUGGGUACGAAGUACUGUAGUAAACAGCUAGGGGAGAUAGCUACCGACCCAAAUUCGCAGCACAUGUUUAAAACGGAGUUCGACGCGCUGUGGUCCCUGGUGGGUUCUGUCGCAGACACUUGUUGUAAAGCCGCGGGCGGAUCAUUUCAGGCCUCACUAGGCGGAGGAAGCAGUUCUUUCGGAGGGGGUAGCUACUCACAAGGUGUAAACGGUGGAUCAACCACAGGAGGCUCCAGUGUGAUUACAGGUGGAGGAAGUAGCUCUACUGGAGGGGGAAGCUCCUCACAAGGUGUAAGUGGCGGAUUAACCACAAGAGGUUCCAGUGUGAUUACAGGUGGGGGAAGUAGCACUACUGGAGGAAGUUCCUCAAUGUCAGUGACGGGUGGAAGUAUUGGUUCUACUGUAGGUGGGGGCUCCUCGAUAUCAAUUAAAGGUGGAGGUAGCACUUCUAGUUCAGGAGCUAGUUCUUCGAGAAUAAUGACCAUUAAAGGUGGAAGCUCAAGCUCGGGGAGCCAAGUUGUCGCAAGUGGAAAGAGGCUGGUAAAAAUUGGAAAAGUUGUUCUGACGCCGAAACAAGGAGACCCUGUCGACGUCACAGACGUAUGGGGUACGGAAGAUAAUCUUGUUAAAGAUGUUAUUUCCGGUAGCACUUCAGCUAAAGUGCGACCAGUAGCGCUGUUCCCAUUAAACGAGAGGUACGAAGCAAGAGAUGUAAUUGGUGGAAACCUUGCUGGCGUAAAAAGUUACGUCAAAACUGCUCAAGGGCCUUAUAAGAAGGAAGGUGGCUCUCUGUCAUUUCUUGGAACACCAGACAGCUUUAUUGAGUUUCCAAACAAUGGUAAACUAGAUACAAAGGAUUCUUUAUCAAUACUGGCCUGGAUAUAUCCUGAAAAGGCUGGACCAAUCUUCAACUUUAGGCGGGACGGGUGGGGAACAAAUCUGUGGUUAGCACAACCGAGAAAGCUAUUUGCGCACUUUGUUCACAGAGGUAAUCGUGAAUUAAUUCCACCAUUACAAAGCACUAAGGUUGCACCAAAUCGAUGGAAUUUUAUCGGUGCAACAUAUGACCACAGAACUGGAGAUGCCGGCCUGUGGAUUAAUGGAAAGUUUGAAGAUUUCAAACACAUAGGCCGUAUUAGACUGGCUACCAACUAUCCGAUUAGAAUGGGAGCUCGAGUCGGAGAUAAAAGAAAUUAUCGCGGUCGCAUCGCCUGUUUACAAAUUUAUGACAAAAGUCUUACUUCAAAGCAGAUUGAUAAUGCAAAGAAUAGCUGCAAAUUUUAUAUCAGGCAACAGAAAAGAAAUUAAUAUAUCGUAUGACCCUCAUUGCCCAACACGCGGCCGGUUUUACUGGAAAACAUGAGACACAAAUCCCAGUAGGAGGGCCGCACUCGAUGGCGUUAAUAGGUUCGGAAAAGCCGUGUAGUCCCACGAGAGGCAAGGUAAAAGAAGACAGAGCGGUGCACAUGUGAUAAAAUGCUGUUUGGUUCAGUUCACGCUUAUUCCGUACCUCACGAUUGAGAGCCCAAUACUUUCCUGCCCGGCACUUCCCCUCACUUUUAAGCACACAGACAUUGUAACAUAGUUAAUUCAUGUAAUGACCACGUUUAUAUUACUUUUCCUUGUACCAGUCUUAAAGAAAUAAAAUGUAAAGGUUUGCUAAUACCUACUUCUACUUAUCUCACUCAAACGUUUUGACGAAGUCGAUUCAGUUUGAAAAGUCGGUCUCCUCUGAAUAUCUUCAAAGUAAUCAAGCAAUGAGCUGACUCCUGGUUUACAUUAGGGCUCGUAGGAACAGCUUCCCCUACCCAGUGUUAAAGCGACACUUUACUGACGUCAA